AUGGGUCGGCUCAACCGAAGUGAUACCACGGCCUCACAGAUAACCGGCGUGGCCUGGAUAAAAUCAGAUACAAAGACGAUCCUAGCGAUUCACACACAUAUGGUGACUCUGAAUCCUCGAUUGUCAGUCACCCACAACGGCCACAACACUUGGAAGCUGUACAUCAGUAAUGUGGAGCCUAAAGAUUCUGGCACGUAUAUGUGUCAGAUAAAUACAGACCCUAUGAUGAGUCAGAUGGGGCAUCUCUCAGUGGUGAUACCACCAGACAUUGCUGACGAUGACGGCUCCGAGGCCAGUGCUCCUGAAGGAGGGUCUGUGGAGCUGCGCUGCACUGCGGCAGGAGUACCAGCUCCCAUUAUAUCUUGGAAGCGGACUGGAGGACGGAACAUUGUGUUCCGUGAUGACAAUGGGAAAGAAGUUAAAGUGGUAGAGAGUUUUGUUGGCUCGACUUUGGCGCUAAAAGGACUUCAGCGCUCCGACAUGGGGACGUAUUUGUGCAUCGCAGCUAAUGGCGUCCCGCCAACUAAAAGCAGGCGAUAUGAAGUCUCAGUGCUAUUCGAGCCGAUUGUACGUGUGGGGAGUCCAGUCGUACUCCGAGCGGCAGACAUGCACGUCACCCUCCAGUGCUACGUCGAAGCUUCGCCUAAAUCACUUAACACCUGGCAGCGGGGAAAAUCACAAGCUGGUGGAAAGCUGCUAAACAGUUCAAAGUACGUGAUAUCAGAGGAAAUCCUGAACGAGUAUGCUUUGCGAAUGAACCUGACUAUAAAUCGAUUGAAGAAAGGCGAUUUUGGGGAAUACACAUGUUCGGCGGCCAACGGGUACGGCAAAGCCGAGGGCAUCAUCACUUUGAAAGAAACACCUCAAAGGACGACGACGACGACAACGACUACAACUACGACAACAACAACAACUCCGCGGCCGACAACUACUACACUUGCAACAACACGACCUCCGAAGCGUCAUCUCAAAAAGCAGCAUGACCGUGGCAACCAGAACGCACUCGACGCCGACAUGCGUCAAGCGGAGCUCAACAACGCAUUCAACUUCUACAAUAGCGCCUUCACACCACCCAACAACUCCGUCAACGAGUACGCUCAAAGAACCGAACGACAGAAACUACGCCCCACUGGCUCAACGCGACAAUACAUCGUAUACAACAAAACCAACAAAAUCCAACAAAACACCAUUCUUUUUACCAUGUUCAUAUUACUACUAAAAGUUUUUGUAUAG